AUGGAGGAUCAGCUUACGGCCUUAUCAUCUCCGGCUUCGACAUCUUCGAUGCCUUCAACAGACAUCAGCUGGCCCACCGGCACAAGCACAGGCCAGCUAAGAGCGUCCUGGCUUGCCAUGAAUCUGAAUAUUAGCAUCUGGCUCUACAUCGUCAUUGGUCUUGCCAAGAAUGAACCCAUACCCACCUGGGAAACCCUAUUCGCAAUCACUGUCCUCCAACCCCUCCUGAUCCUGCGCUCAAAAUUACCUAAAAUCUCCGCCGCCAUCUACAAAUGUGCGUGGCAGCUACGCUUAUGCUUAUAUCGUUAUGGAACCGACACACCAAAGUACCACACCCUGCCCUUUUGCCUCAAGCACAUCGUCAGUCCUCUAGACAUCCACGACCCUUCAACAAGUUUCGGCACGUUUGAAUUGUUCCUGCUGACACCUCAGCGAGGCUGGGUCGGCUUAGACUUUCCCAAAAUCUUCUCUUCCCGUGGCUUCUUUUCGCGGCUCUUUCGCGGUGAGGAGGAUCUGGUGGGUAGAAAGGUCUAUGAGGUCGAAGUCGAGCAAGAUUUGAAACAUGAUCACGUUGAUGCGGUGACGUCGAUGGAGAGGAUUACGGGGAGGGUUGUUGGGAAAGUUCUGGGGGUCUGUGAAGUAGGUGAUAGGGUGGCGGUGGAUAUCAAGGAACGGUCUGUGAACAGCGAUGGGUGA